AUGAAGCGGUCAAUCGAGGCCUCCUCGAGCUCCUCCUCCUCCUCCGGCAGCAGGCCGAGCAGGGGCACGCGGCCGCGCCGCAGCGCGGAGAUCACGGCGGCGUCGCGUCGCGGCUUCCGAGAGUUGCAAGGGAUGACAGACUCACAGGCAUCCUCAGACGAUGCUGGCGUGUCUCCGUUCGACGGCACGUCCUCGAGGCGGGCCGCGGAGGAGCCGUCCGAAGAUCCACCCCCCCGGCUGCCGCUGCCUGCUGGCAAGGCCCGCGGGGCGCACAAACGGGGCCGCGGCAACACCGACCGGGGCCCGGGCAUCAACUGGGGCGACCCGCGGCCGGAAUCCCCGCCGCGCAAGCGCAGGACGGUGGUCGCAGGCACAGCCCAGGAGGGCCUCGUCGAGCAGGACCCCGCCAGCUCGUGCGGCACCGCGUGCAGGCAUGGCUGCGCGGCGGCCGCCACGCCGCCGUUCGAGGUGGACGUCGCGCUGGGGGACCUCACCGAGGAGGAGUGCGCACGCCUCGCGCAACUGCUGGACGGCGAGGGCGACGCCUGCGGACUGCCCGACGAGGUUAAGAAGGACCAGGACGAGGCGCUGAAGGCCAUCGACGGCCUGUUCGCCGACUGCCAGGCCGCGACCGACGCGCUGCAGGCCGCAAUUGAGGGAGAGAGGACGCCCGCUGCGAUGACGGCCAUGGAGAUGUUCAGCGCGGCGAUCGGGCCGGCGACCGCGGAGGCGCGUGUAUGGGCUGACGGUCGAGCGGUUCAACCGGGCGACGAGGUCGAGGAGAUGCGCGUCGCUGCCUGUGCGUCCAAGUCCGCCACCACCUUCGCCUGGAGCACCGUGAGCGACCUGGGCCGUCCCGAUCCGCUGCUUCCCGAGCACCCGUCGGAGCACCUGUCGACCCUCGCGGACGAGCUACACUCCGUGACGCGCGUCCGCCGCCGCCUCGCCGCCAGCGCGGGCAGGGAGGGCGCAGAGGAGGAGCACGCCGAGGAGCAUGCCGAGUUCGAGGUGGUGUGCACGGACGGGCACACGAACCGGAGCCUGCACGUGCCCUUGCCCCGCGAGGUGCAGCGCGGCCCGAGGGCCUCGGUGGACCGCCUCAUCGUUGAGGCGCAUCUCGCGGCAAUGCGGAUGCACAAGCGGACGGACGGCGGUCGGACCUUCACUUUCUGCGACUAUCAUUUGAACGGACUUCUCGGGCGCGCCAGGGCCACGAUCGACGACCUGGGGGAGCUCGCGGAAUUUUUUGUGUUGAUGGAGCUGAUGAAGGCCGGCGGCAUGUCCGACUCGAUGAAGAACCCGUACGUUCAGCUGCUGGAGGACUGCGAGACGGACGAGAAGCGGGACAUGAUGGAGAACUGCAUCAGGGUGGCCCUGCUCGGGCACCUCAGGGCGGCCCACCAGCGCGACAAAUGGAAGCUGAAGAACCCCAACAGCAGGCUACGCAGGGCGAUGGGCCCGAACGCCACGCUCUCGGAACCUACGUGGGAAGAAGUCGACGAGCUGUACAAGCAGCUCAUGUCGCCCAAGGGCUGGCUGUGCCCGGUGACGGGCCACAACGUCCCGAUGGUGCUCAUGCGGUCGGGCGCCCUCGGCACGGUGGGCGACAUGGGCCCGGGGUACUGGCACAUGAUGUCGGUGGACGCGAUCGACCCUCGGCGGCCGCACGUCAGCGGGAACAUUCAACUCACGUGCGUGGCGGGCAACCUGCUCAAGGGGUCGCUCAGCAUGCAAGAGGGGGUGGACAGCGUCGCGGAGCACGCCCGAUGCUUCGUGGCGCGCCUGAGCGCGGCGGAGGGCCAGUCCGGGUUCAUCGACGACCAGCUCCGUCGGAAGCUGUGGCCCGAGGGGGGCAGCGUGCGCCGCACCCUCCUCAAGGAGACGGCCGGCACGUGCGACAGCAUGGACGCGCGCGUGGACCCGGACGUGCUGUGGGGCGACAUGUUCCGCGUCGUCAAGUUCCGCUGGGACGAGAUCUUCGCCCGCCUGAGCAAGUACGUGGCCGCCAGGCCCUGCAACUGCGGACACAACGUGCGCUGCGUCGUCGCCGUCGCGCACGGGUCGCGGAGGUGCCUGCCGGUGUCGACGACGCCAUGCGAGCCAGCCGACGUCCACGCGGUCGUGCUGCGCCAGGCCCGGUGCAUCGAGUGCCGCGACAAGCGGGAGAAGGUGACGGGCCUCAACAAGUGGCGCGGUGCGUUCAACCGGUGCCGUCUUUGUUACCAGCGGAUGCUCGUCUGGGAGAUGCGCGGCGUCGUCAUCGCCGGGUCGGCACCGAAGCACGGCAUGUCUCCCUGCCAGGAGGUGCCGCAAUGGCGCGGGUGCCGGCGGUCCGCGGCCUGCACCCUGCCCGCGCAUGUCAAGCACACCAAGUGCCGCUUGCACUGGGAGGACCUGGCCCCGCCGCAGGAAUUCCAGCUGAAGCGGCAGGAGGUCUGCUGCGCCAACCCGACGUGCCGGCUGCAUUGCUACGACGAGGCCUACCCGGACGGGCGCCGUGUCGGCACCAACGGGUACUGGCAGGGCGGCUACCCGCCACGCACGGUCAUCAUCGACGGCCGCGAGAUCGAGAUGAAGGUGGUGAGGUGCACGCCCUGCGGCGAAUGGUACGACAAACACCGGGACGCCAAGGCCGAGGUCGCGGGGCUGCUGGCAAAUGGCAGGCAGAAUAAGGCUGCGGAGAUCCUGGCGCAGCUGGGCCCGCACGACGAGCGGCCCGGCUUCAACAACGGGUGCAUCAAGAAGGCCACCUGCCAGCUUUGGGCGCCGGAGGGCUACCACUACGCCAGCAGGUGCUGGACGCAGGGGUGCGAAGACCCGCGGUGCGACGCGGACAUGGCCGCACUGCGCGCCGAGGUGCUCGGCGACUUGUGCUGCGCGGACUGCCGCACCCCGGCCGUGCAGUGCUUCGACGACGAGCACGGGGGUUGGCGGAGGUGGACCAACCGGUGCGCAAGAUGCUGCGACAUCCGUCGAAACGCCGGCGGACGGGGCGGACGGGGCGGACGUGGCGGACGUGGCGGCGGACGCGGCGGACGCGGCGGACGCGGCGGACGCGGCGGACGUGGACGUGGCGGCGGACGCAGCGGUUGGGGACGUGUCAGGUAG